CUGGUGCAGAGAGAGAUAGAUGUGUGUAUGGCCCAGCGCCAAGUGUCACCCAUUGUGUAGCGAUGAGGAGCGAGUGCGGGCGGCUCCGGAGAACAGCGCAAUGGGGAACAGUCACCAUAAGAAGCGAGUGGCCCAAAGCGCCAAGCCGCGGCCCGCCUGGCACAUCGGCCUCGGCCGCCGACCGGGAAAGAAGAAAGCAGUCACCUCUCAGUCUGAUGAUGAAGCAAAGUGGACAGUGCACUAUACACCAUCGCCGUAUCAGCAUCGGCAGGAGAACGUCUUCCUCCCGUCCGCUCGGCCCGCUGAUAUAGAGGACCUGCACAAGGAGGCGGAACUCGGCCUGAAAUCCCUGCAGGAGCAAGGGACCUUGGACAGCUGCUCGCAACCCCAGCUGCGAAAUGUCCAGGAUAGUAUGGACAACUGCAGUGAGGCAGAUGAAGAUCUGCCGGUGCUCCCAAACUCCAGAUCAGGUGGGCCUGGCGAUGAAGUGUGGACAAAGACACGCUCCCUUCCACCACCCACUCCCGAUGAAAUCCGAAAGACUGCUCUGGGAAUCCAGCCAUCAGUCAGCUCAGCCGUAAUAAAGUCUAAACCGCAAGAACAGCAGAAGACUCAAUCUUCCUUUAAAGGACCAAAACUGAAAGAGAAACGGAUUCGGAGAUCGACGAUCAUGGGGCUUCCCCUACACGUGCAAGAGGAACUGGGUCUUGGGAAAGGGUCCCGUCCUUCGAAGACGGCUGGAACGGAACCGGCCGCAGACAACGCUGGCGAGGUCUUGGUAUCCAGGGGCGAAGAGAACUAUUGUUUUAAUAACCUCUCCCAUUUACAGACCAGGAGCUCCUUGCGAUCUGUAACUUUUACUGACCCUUCAAGGGUAGACAAUGACUCUCGAAACACCUUAGAACAUAAUUACCAACUCAACUGGGCACUGAUCAACUCUCGCAACAGGCCAAAUUCGUUAGCAGUUCCAAAAUCACCUGGUGAACUGUCCAGUCCAGUCAUGUCCAUGUCACCUCAGGCAACGUAUUUAUCCAAGAUCAUUCCCAACGCCAUCCUGCCUCCCGCUGUGGAUGUGGUGAUGAUCAACACCAGUCAGAACAGUCUGCGUACACUCAGUAACAGUAGCGUGCUGUCCACUCCCUCCCCAGCCAUCUCUCGCUCCAUCUCCAUACACACCUACGAUGCCAGGGAUUACGCAUCCAGUGAUGCCUGGAGUCAUUCCCAGUCUUCGGAAACCAUCGUAUCCAACAAUUCCACAAUCUCGUCGCAGGGAAACACCGAAACGCCAUUAAAUAAUCAUUUCAAGCAAGAAGUUGGUGAGAAAGCUGAUCACAACUUAACAGAUUCACCUGUGAAUAAUCGAGCCAGUACCAGCAGAUGGGUGAGUGCGUGCUCUGCACACCAGAACUCUCAACCCACUCAGGCCAGCAGCAAUGGUUAUGGAGGCCAGUCACUCUCUCCUGCACAAAGCACAUGCAGUAUUGUUGAUGCAUCUGACACGCACAGCAUGAUCAGUGAACAGUCUGUCACCAGAAGCCUGUCGGUCAGAAAAAUGCGUAAGCCCCCCGCUCCUCCGCAGAGAAUGCAUUCCUUGCAGCAGAGUGAGGACCAGGGGCACGCUGCUCCAUCACUGAGAGAUGAUCAAAGUUUCCAACCUUGUACUACUGUAGAUUCUGCCGUCAGUCACAAGCUGGUGUUGCCCCAUAAUGGAACACGGACAAUAUCCAACGGGAACAUCCUUCAGUCACCAAACAACUUUAGCCCAAAGACUUCACACCAUCGACUCGAGCAAACAGCCCUGUCCAGUCUCUGCCCGAUUCAGAGUGGAAGCCCGCCUACAGUGACCACCCUCGUGCCUCCCCCGUCGCCAACUGGAAUGUCCAAGCCCAAUGCACCACAGAGAUCUUGCUCCCUCCACGGCCCAGAAACCGCGCCCUCCACAUCCUCAGCCUCUCCUACCUCACGAUACGCCAACCUGUUUGAUAUCCCUCCUCCUCCUUCCUCACCGGCCCCACCCCCUCCCAAUGUACGACAACCAAAGUUCCCUGCUGCAAUGUUGUAUCCCUGGGGACCAGAGAGAAUCCCACCUCCCCCACCAGGGCCAGCCCCGUUACCUCCCACAAAGAGACCUUCCUUCCUCUUCAACAUCGCCACGCAUGGACCUCGUCCCCACCACUCUCCUCCCGCCUCCACCCCCACACCUGCUCCAACCCCAUUGGUCACUCCCACACCUGCUCCAACCCCAUUGGUCACCUCCACACCUGCUCCAACCCCAUUGGUCACCCCCACACCAGCUCCAACCCCAUUGGUCAUCCCCACACCUGCUCCAGCCCCAUUGGUCAUCUCAACACCUGCUCCAACCCCAUUGGUCACCCCCACACCUGCUCCAACCCCAUUGGUCAUCUCAACACCAGCUCCAAUUCCAUUGGUCACCCCCACACCAGCUCCAACCCCAUUGGUCAUCCCCACACCUGCUCCAACCCCAAUGGUCAUCCCCACACCUGCUCCAACCCCAUUGGUCACCCCCACACCUGCUCCAACCCCAUUGGUAACCCCCACACCUGCUCCAACCCCAUUGGUAACCCCCACACCUGCUCCAACCCCAUUGGUCACCCCCACACCUGCUCCAACCCCAUUGGUAACCCCCACACCUGCUCCAACCCCAUUGGUCACCUCCACACCUGCUCCAACCCCAUUGGUCACCCCCACAUCAUCUCCAACCCCAUUGGUCACCUCCUCAUCUACUCCAACCACGGCAGUCAUUGGUCCAGCCUUGUUGGCUUCAGACUUGUUGCCCAUUGACUCAGAGACCAAACCUGCCUCUGGGACUACAUCUGUCCCUGGGGCCACAUCUGUUUCUGUCGCGACCACACAGCUGCAGCACAUUGCAAGCCCACACCUGGUGGAGCGAGCCUCUCCUUCCCCCUCCCCACCCCCGGCCCAUCAACCACCUCCUCCACCACAGAGGCUGGCCACUGACCAGCCCCCUCCUCCAUCCCCCUCAACUGUCCAGUCUCCACCCACCGACUGGCCCCCUCCCCCUCCCCUGGCACCAGAGGGGCCGCCCCCAACAUCGGGGGGGUCUGAGGCAUCUGCCCCAUCAGAGGCAGAGUUUCUGUUCCCCCCCCCACCACCCCCCCUGCUGGAAGAAGCAGAAGGGCGAGGCUGUCCGGAGAAUCCUGGAGCAGAUGGACAACGGGAGCCUGUCCCCACUCACCUAACUACCCUCACCCCCCUCCUUGCCCCCCUCCCUGCUCCCACCCCCGUUCCUGCCCCCACCUCCAUCCCCUCUGCCCCCACCCCCACACCACGACUACCCCUCGGUUCCUCGCCCCUCCCCCCCUCCCCGCUGCCCAAAGUAAGCCUCUCCUCAGCCCCUCCCCCCCUCGUGUCACCUCUGGCCACCAAGCGACCUCAGCCAAAGACACAGUCAGCCAGUCAGCCUCUGGAGGGACCAGUCUCCCCCCGCCCGCCCUCCACACUCCCCACACCCGCAGUGAUCGGUGGGGGCUGGAGCAGAGGUGGGGCGCCGCUGUCUACUGGAGGGGGCACUGACGGAGAGGGGGGAACACCACACGUCGCCCCCUCCCUGCUGCAGAUGGUGCGGCUGCGCUCUGGACAGAUGAACCGGUCAGCAGUGGCCAUUCCAGACCCCAGAUCACCAGUCAAGGGCAGCACCACCACUGUGCUGGACCCCGUACCGGGAUCCCGUGGCCCAAGCCAGGCCACGCUGCCGGUCAAGGGCAGCACAGCCGCGCCCAGCAAACCCGUUCGCAAGUCCCUGACCCAGCGCUUGUCCACCACUGACCCCGGGCCCAUCCCCAUCGCCCCCCUCCAGCUCGGGUCCCCUCCCCUCAGUCCCAACGCUCAGGGAAGCGUCCUGCUGAAACAUGCUGAGGAGGAGACCCCGCUCAAGUCCCCGGCCUCCACCGCCAGCUUCAUCUUCUCCAAGAACGUCGGCUCCAAGAAGCUGGUGUUCGACAGCCCACGGUCACCAGAGGCUGAGGCUGAGGCCAAGAGGAACCUGAUGGCCGAGCUGAGCUCCGUGUCGGGCCGAAUGACCUCCAAGGGCUGGUCGGGCCUGUCGGGUAAAGCAGCCCCCGAGGCUCAGGGAAAGACAGGCAGGGUCCCACCGCCUGUGGCCAAGAAACCUUCCUUCCUGCCCGCUGGUCAGCGACUUCCCUCCACCUCCACCUGUGGCCCAGAGAUGCCCGCCACACAGGCAAACGCACGGCUGCAGCAGGAGACCAGCGGUCAACACGAGGAGAAAGGGAAGCUGAAGACUGGGAAUGGGCAAGUGUGCCUGGAGGACUGAAGAACUCAAUGCCAAUCCUCAGGAUAUUGCUGUGCUACUGGUCAAAGAUAACUUCCCUGGUGGAGUGGACCUUACAAUCCAAAGAAACAAUUCUCAGAAAAGUCUUAUUGCUGAAAAAUAAUAGCCUUUUAAUGCAAAAAUAAGAAUGUUUGCUGCACCUUGACUUUGUAUAGUACUGAUGCUUUCUAUGAAGCAAUGAGUUUGCUGGAGAAACUGUUGAAAGGCUUUAAACAAUGGAAGCAGCACCUCUUGGUUCUGCGUUGUGCAAUUGUCAUGCCCCUGGUGGUUGGAUGUCCCUGGUGGGGGUUUCAACUGUCCAGAAUAUCUGAGACCGUUGCAGCUGAGAAUAUUAUUGCCUUGCCUAAUCAACCAAUCAAACAUUUUACAAAAUCAGAAGGAAGCACAUUUAUGUCAAGAGAGGGGGUUGGGUUUAAUUUAUCUGCAAAUCAACAGCCACUCGUGAUUUACAAAUGUAUUCUCUGUCUUAACUUAUGCAGAAAGAUUUUAGUCACCCAAAAUCAAACAAAAAGUUCUGUCAAACAGCAAUGCCCUUCUGCUUAGAUCAGGAGUCGGUGCAGGUACUGACCAGAGUCCAUGGAUCAGUCUAGGAGAGACAGGGAGCCUCAUCCAAUGAGCUAUGCACUGUCACAGCCUUCACAAACUGCUGGUCAGUUCCUCCGUCGAUCCUUCCACCCACCAUUGUGCCUUUAUCUGAGGGUGCUGUGCCUUUUAGUGUGUGGCAGCACAUUCAGGGAGGGUGGUGCGGCAAGUGGAGUGGUGAAUGGGCACCACCUGCAGCCAGCACCUGGAGACCCAAGGUGACCACUCCCUCACCUGGAGACCCAAGGUGACCACUCCCUCACCUGGAGACCCAAGGUGACCACUCCCUCACCUGGAGACCCAAGGUGACCACUCCCUCACCUGGAGAAGUCACUGAUAACUGAGCGGAUGUCCUCAGGUGAUCGGCUAACCAGUGAAUGAAAGGUGCUUAAUAAUCAUCACAGGAUUAUCACCAGUUGCAUCUAGACCUGAAACGUCACCUGUCCAUGUUCUCCAGAGAUGCUACCUGACCCGCUGAGUUACUCCAGCACUCUGUGAAAUGUCACAUAUCCAGGUUCUCCACAGAUGCUGCCGGGCCUGCUGAGUUACUCCAGCACUCUGUCCUUGCAUGAGAUCAAUGCCUGGCUAUAAACAGUGGGACAGGGCUCACAAUGUUAAACUGGCGGUAGACAAAAGUACUGGAGAAACUCAGCAGGUGUGGCAGCAUCUAUGGAGCAAAGGAAAUAGGCAAUGUUUCGGGC